GGAUGUGGUAUGGAGAUAGUACGCACAUUGCUCAAAACUAAUGAGAACUUUACUUACGAUGAAGAUCAGCGUAUUCCGGAAGUUCGAGUGUGGUUGAAGGAGAUAGACACACUCUAUGCGACAUUUCUCACAUUUGCUACUAUCUUCACGGUGAUAGUUUGGCUCUUAGCAGCCGUUCAAUUGUAUCAUAUUAUACGAUAUGUUAGUAACGCUAGAAUACAAACAGAUCUCUACUACUUGGCCCUUAUGUUCCCGGUGACCACAAUCUGUAACAUGGCAGGAAUGUAUAUUCCACGUGCAGCUCUUUUUCUGUAUUUCAUGUUCUGUCUAUUUGUCGUAGUUUCAUUGCUGUUUAACAUAUUUGGAAGCAGAAAGGAGAUGUCCGAUUACCUUUUAGAGAAAGGUAUUCGAAUAUCGUUCCAAGUGCCUCCCUUAUGUUUUCUAAAAUUUUUACCGGAUGUUCCGAGCACUGAGUGA